CGCCAACAGAUGGUGCCUUUGGAAGAUCAAAUCAAGUUGUUCAAUGUAAAUCAAACGCUUGACUCCGCCCACAUUGAGCACGGCCCCGAACCGCAGACUUCAGUGAGGGGUACGUGGAUGAUGGAGAAUAACCAGUGCCAGGUGCUGAACUUGAAGAGGGUGCAGGCACUGGAAACCUGGCUAAAAACAACCGAUACAAAACUGACUCAAGUAAAUGGCCAGAGGAAGUAUGGAGGACCACCUGAUGUGUGGGAUGGCCCCACCCCAGGAGCCCGCUGUGAGGUCUUCAUAAGCCAGAUCCCACGGGAUGCCUACGAGGACCUGCUGAUCCCCCUGUUCAGCUCUGUGGGCCCAAUCUGGGAAUUUAGGCUCAUGAUGAACUUCAGUGGGCAGAACCGCGGUUUUGCAUACGCCAAAUACAGCUCGUCAGGUGUCGCUGCUGACGCGGUCCGCCUGCUGCACGGCCACAUGCUGGAGCCCGGCUUUCGUCUCAGUGUCCGCCGCAGCACAGAGAAGAGACAUCUCUGUAUCGGAGACCUGCCAGCUGCCACCAGGCAAGAGGAGCUACUGCAGGUACUGCGUGUGCUGGCAGAGGGGGUGGAGAGAGUGUCUCUGAAGGCUGGGCCUGGUAUAGAGGGUGUGUCAGCUAUAGUAGCCUUCUCGUCCCACCAUGCUGCUUCUAUGGCCAAGAAGAUCCUGGUGGAAGCAUUCAAAAAGCAGUUUGCAAUGACCGUCUCAAUCAAGUGGCAGUCAACAGUGAAUCCGAGCCCGGUCGAGCCACUGCCACAGAAACCUCCAAAGAGCCUCCUGGUGUCACCCCUGAAGAUGCCGUGCCACAUCCUGAAUUCUCCACGGCCCUCAGUCCUGCCUCCUCGUCUGGCCCGCCCUCCAUCCAUCCCCCCGGGUUUCUGCAGAGCAGUGGGAGGACCCGCUGCCCCCGCACACCCUCCCUGCUCCUCCACCUUCUCUUCUUCCUCCUCCCAGGGGCAUCUAGUUUCUGCAGCAUCCCCAGUGAUGCUCCUGCAUAAGGUGUGUGAGGCGACAGGGGUUGGCCAGCCGCUCUAUGAGAUGUACUACAGCCAUGCUGGGCCAGAUGGAUUCCUCUACUUUACCUAUACAGUGUGUAUCCCUGGAAUAACAAUGCCCUUCAAAGGGCUGGUCAUGAUCUUGCCGGGACCCACUGCCACCACCAUGCUGGAGGAAGCUUGGCAGGCUGCAGCCCAGCAGGUCCUGCAGAGGGUUUACAAUAACCAGCUCACCCACUGACAAGCUGAUCAGAUAACAGAAGGACCCCUUCUGCAGCACUGUUUCAGGAUGUUUGUUUUGCCAAUGAUGUUAUAUCCAAAAAAAGAUGUUUGAUCUUAAAUGUAGUUUGUUGAUUUCUGCAUGUUUUUAUUAUAGUUGUGUUAAACUUGUAUUGUUUGAACUUCUGUGGUUUGUUUUAUGCAUGCUUUUUUUUGUGUUACUGUCAAUUUGGUUCCUCAUUUUAAUUAAAAUGAGAUUUAAAGGAUA